AUGGCUUCCACCACCGACUACGAGCAGAUUGCCGAGUCCCUGAGACAGGCACGCCUCAACAAGGCACCCAUCCCCGCCCCCUCAGAGACAUUCCCCAAGCUCGACGUCAAGGGUGCCAUAGAGGUCCAAAAGAUCACUGUGCGCACCGCUGUCGAAAAGGAUGGCGACCGCCUGGUUGGCUACAAGCUCGGAAACAUCGCCAAGGUGAUGCAGGACGCCUUUGGGCUUGAGCACCCGGACUACGGUUACCUGCUUGGCAGCCUGUUCCACCAUGAAGGGCAGCCCCUGCUGCUAGACAACUUCAUCAAACCCUUUGUGGAGCUUGAGCCUGCCUUUGUUCUCAAGAAGGACCUCAAGGGACCUAAUGUGACGGUGGCGGAUGUCAUCAAUGCUGUCGACUACGCCAUCCCUGCUGUGGAGAUUAUCGACUCGCGCGUCAAGGACUGGACCAUCACCCUUGAAGAUACCCUGGCUGACAAUGGCUCCACGGGCAGAAUAAUUCUUGGUGGCACACCUCGACGGCUGACAGAUCUGAGCCUUGGCGAUAUGAACGGUUAUCUAUACCACAACGGCAAGGAGAUCAUGAAUGGAAACACCAGAAACAUUCUUGGCAACCCCCUGGCCGCCGUGGCUUGGCUUGUCAACCGCAUCUCCGAGUUUGACAUCGGCCUCGAGGCCGGCCAGGUUAUCAUGCCCGGCAGCUGCUUGCGGGCCAUGCCCAUGGACAAGGGUCACUACAAGUGCGAAUAUCAGGGCUGGGGUUCCGUGGAGUUUGAGGUUGUCUGA